CAACUGUGUAAGGGUUUGACACGUCAAAAGACGACUGCAACAGCAAGAAAUUAAAGUGAAUUUUUUUCAAUUGUCAAUUCGACAGCAGCCUUAAUAUUGGAUAUUAGAUCUUAAUUUCUAUCAAAGUGAAAUGCCGGAACAGCAGGGAGAAACCGAUGAGCUUUUUGAAGUUAAAACACAAUUUUAUAUUGGAAAUUAUCAGUCUGCUAUCAAUGAAGCUCAGAAGCUGAAGUUAAAUAACCCUGUUCUGAAGCUUGAACGUGACGUAUUUGUCUAUCGAGCCUAUAUUGCUCUAAAGAAAUAUGGUGUUGUCAUCAAUGAAAUACAUGGAGCCUCUCCACAAGAACUUCAGCCAUUGAAACAAUUGGCAGAGUAUUUUUCUCAGCCUAGUAAGAGGGAAUCUAUUGUUCUAAAACUUGAUCAACAAGUUUCAGGAAAUCUAGAUGUAAACAACUAUGUCUUUCUUCUUGUUGCUGCUUCAAUUUACUACAAUGAAAGUAGUUAUGAAACUGCCCUUAAAGUACUGCAUCAGUCAGACCACUUAGAAUGUCGGGCUCUAAUGCUGCAAACACAGUUAAGAAUGGAUCGUUUGGAUCUUGCAAGAAAGGAAUUGAAAACCAUGCAAGAAAUUGAUGAUGAUGCUAUUUUGACACAGCUUGCUUCUGCCUGGGUCAAUCUUGCAACAGGUGGUGAAAAGCUGCAAGAAGCAUACUAUACAUUCCAAGAGCUGGCUGACAAGAAUGCUCCAACUGCAUUGUUGUUGAAUGGUCAGGCUACUUGCUGUAUUGGUCAAAGUAAAUAUGAAGAAGCUGAGUCUGCCCUUCAAGAUGCUCUAGAAAAAGAUUCUAAUAACACAGAUACACUAGUGAAUCUUGUUGUGCUCAGCCAGCUAUCAAGCAAGACGCCAGAAGUCUGUAAUCGCUAUUUGAGUCAGUUGAUUGAUUCUGCUCCCGAACAUCCUUUUGUCAUUGAGUUCCAAAAUAAAGAAAGAGAUUUUGAUUUGCUUGCUAAGCAGUACGCUCUGCCAGCUUAAAUAUGUUGAAAUGUUGAUUUUUGAUGAUAAUACAAGAAUAUCCAGUUCA